GAUGAUCCUCUCAAUAUAGAGAGGGUGGGCUGCUCAAAGUGCACCGUCCGCUUCUGUGGUGCGCCGGUGACGGAGAUUUGUGGCACCCGCAGGUGAAUUUAGAGACUUCUCUUGGCCCUGACCACCUUCAGAUUGCAGAAUUUGGAUUCGAUUCUGUGCGUUUCCGGGCUCAAUUUCUCAGCUUUCUUUGUGGAUUUUUAGGAAUUGAAAAUCAGCGACAGGGGCGCUUUCAGGAUCUCCUCAUUAAGUGAGCAUUGAUUCAUUAGAGUGAACUGACAGACUAAGCUAAAUAGGUGAGCUGGCUCCGUUUUUUAAUUCAGGGACUAAAAUGGAGGCACACUCUACUCUAUCCAUUCGGGGGUCAGGUUCAAAGCAGCUUAAUAACCUGGGAGCAUCUGGAGCUUUGUCUUCUUCGUUGUCUGUUCUUCCUACCUCUCUUGAAGAGACACAUCCCAAGUUGCCAGACUCUCAACAAGUUUAUGUGGGAAGGGAAAUCAUGACAAGGCCUCAGGCUAUGCAUGCUAGUCCUUUACCCUCCAACAGCGGUGCAGUUGGUCAUAUUUUUUCAUCAUCCUCAGGAUACUCCACAGACCUUCAUUUCUCAUCUGUUUCACCCCAUGAAAGGCAUUCAAGAAGUGCUCCUUUUAUUUCUCAGUCAUCAAGUAAUGGGACAUCUUUGCCAUUAGCACAUUCUUCACAUUCAGGACAGCUUCAGUCUACAGCAUCAAGUCAUUGCAUUGAAGAAAAUAACAAUGCUUCCUGGUGUACAGAUUCACUAUCCGGUUUUCUUGAUUUUCCUGUAAACACCCCUGUCCAGAGUAGUCAAAUAGAAAGUAGGAGUGCAAGUGGUGUCAUUGCAUCUGAGGACCUUAGCAAACGGCAUGAUUGGCAAGAAUGGGCAGACCAGCUAAUCACUGAUGAUGAUGCUCUGACUUCGAAUUGGAAUGAGUUCCUUGUUGACACCAAUGUUGCAGAUGUAGAACCAAAGAUGGCUUACCAAGUGCCUAAACCAUCAUCAAACUUCUCAGCAAACCAGCCCCAGGUUCAUCCACAGCUUUCUGCUCCAUCUGGAGAAGUUCACAAUGUUGUUACUCCCUCAUCAUCAGUAAACACUGCUCCAACCAAGCCACGGAUGCGUUGGACACCAGAACUUCAUGAGGCUUUUGUGGAGGCAGUCAACCAACUUGGUGGUAGUGAAAGAGCUACUCCUAAGGGUGUGCUGAAGCUCAUGAAAGUGGAAGGCUUAACCAUCUAUCAUGUAAAAAGCCACUUGCAGAAAUAUAGAACAGCGAGAUACAGACCAGAGUCAUCGGAAGGAUCCUCUGAGAAAAGAUUGACAUCCAUUGAAGAAAUGUCGUCUCUGGACUUGAAAACAGGUAUUGAGAUCACUGAAGCCCUGCGAUUACAGAUGGAAGUUCAGAAGAGGCUGCACGAACAACUUGAGAUACAAAGAAAUUUACAGCUGCGAAUAGAAGAACAAGGGAGAUACCUCCAAAUGAUGUUCGAGAAGCAAUGCAAAUCAGGAAUUGACAAGCUGAAGACAUCAUCAUCUGCACUGGAAAACCCCUCUUCUUUAUCAUCAGAUACCAUACCAAAUUCCCCUUCUAAAAGUGAAAUGGAAGCAUCCCAUGAUGAGCAUGACAAAACAGGAACCGACCUAGUUAAUGACAGCAAAACAUCAAGUGGAAAUCCCCAAAAACUGGGCAGGGAGCAAAAUGCAAUUGAAACCGAAGCUCUUUUGGGUAGCGAGCAAAAUGCAAUUGAACCUGAAGCUCCUAGGAAUGUUGAACAAGAUGCUGCUUGUGAAUCUAAUUCCCAACCCUCGAAGCGCGCAAAAGUGGAUGAGUCAUCCAUAUCAUCUGUCAAAUCAGCAUCAAGCUGACAGGAAUUGUCAACUAGUGAAUCUUCUAGUUCAGAUUGAGUUCUCAAGUAGGACAGACUUAGCUGACUGGUAUAUCAAUCUUUGGAACUUUUGAUGUCCUAUCUCUUCCUUUUGGUCAAGUCCUCAUGGGCAAUGACUAGUUUACUCUUUCUGUUUAGUUGGAUAAACAAAGUGGAGAUUAUAAUUAUUGACCUCCUCAUUUGUACUGUUGUGGUUAUGCAAGGACGAAUGUGCAUUAAGAAAUGCUGUCCUAAACCCACUGAUUAUGCCCAUGAAGGAGUGUCUAUUUGUAACGAAUUUUUAUGCCCCUCAUUGUCAAGGUAUUAAUAAUCUUUUUACUUAUGGUUA